CCAGGACGACCCGUACGACGGACAGUGCUCGGAGGAUGGCGGUGAGCCAGGGGCGGCAGUGCGGGUUUAGGGGGCGGCGAGGGCGGGUGCCUCCGUUGAAACAACCCCUUGACAACAGGCCCGCGAUCAGUCUCGCCCUCGACGUGUCACCACUGAACGUUUCUUGAAAAGGGAUCGAUCAAUCGCGAACGUUCAGGAUCAUUACACGUAUCUUCGAAUCUCUUACUCGUUCGCGUGCCGUCGGUGCUUCGUGGUGCUUCGCCUGCUUUAGUGUGGCACCUCCGUAGACCGUCCUCGCUCAUUCAGUAUGGAGUUCCCGAAAGUAGUGAAACGAGGCCGUAAUUUUCGUCUGCUUACGGAGGAAGAGCAGCCGGAGCUUCUCGACUUCCUCGGAAAACACUUGCCCCUCUCGUUGAAGUUCCAUCAGACAUUGUUGACCUACAUGAAGGACAAAGUAUGGGAAUUCUAUUUUUAUGUGCCAAACGAAUGGCCGAACGUACAAAUAUGCCUGCACUUCCCUGGAAUGACACUUUCUCCUCAUGGUUUGCUAUACGAAAGCGUAGGGGUUUUCUGUCCUAACGAUGAACUGGAACAUCUUCAUUUAUUGCGUGAUGAGGAUGUACUGAUCGAUUGGUCAAGACCUCUUUACAUUAAUUUCGUUCAUAUAAACAUCGCUAAUAAGCUGGUAGAAUUCUAUAAGGAUACCGGUAACGUCGAUAUGGUGAUUGUUGAUGUUUGGGCUUGCGAAGAUCCACAACUUAUGGAUCAAAACGAGCAAAGUGAAGAGGAUAGCGAUCCAGACGUUCAAGUAUUACCAUUGAAGGCCGAACAUGCUGAAGGAAUUUACGAGCUAUAUCCCGCUAACGACAUAGAAAGUCAUGAGGUCUUUCUACGAUUGAUCAGAACCUUACCUGCUGGCGGUGUAUUUUGUAAGGAGAGUUUAGCCGCAUGGAUGGUGCAGUCAUAUUACGGUGCUAUGUUCUCAAUGCAAACCAAGCCCGAGUAUCGUAGAAAAGGUUACGGGACUAAAUUAGCAAGGUACCUGACGAAGCGCGUAGCCGAAAGAGGUUACAAUCCGUUCGUAGUUAUACGUCCGGAAAACGAGGCCAGCCAGAGCUUGUACAAGAAAUUAGGUUUUAGGAAGCUAUUUCAAACAGUUCGUAUGAUAUUCACGCCAUUGUCGUGGCAGGAGACGGAAAACGAAGCUAGCAAUAUACUCAGGGAGAAUUUGGAAAAUGCGGUUAGACAGCUGAACGUUGAACAGAGGGUUAUAGCGGCCCUUCGUGGCGAUGAGGAUAACAGUAUUGCAUCAACCGAGAUACAAGAAGCCGAGGGUGAAGAAACGAUACGAGAAGGUGGUUCGGACUCUAACGAGGAAGCUGAAGUCGUUGUAGAGGAACCGGAAGAAGAGAGUUAUGCUACUCGGGACGAGGAAAUUCUUGAGCCUAUCGAAGAACAAGAGGAAAGGAUAGAGGUGAUCGAGGAGAAGGAAGACGAAAAUAAAAAACAAAAAGACGUCGUAGUGACCGAGGAGACCGAAGAAGCGUCAAACGUUGACGACAGCAACGAAGGUGAUGGAGGAACGGAUAUCGCGAAUAACGACGAUUAGAUCUGUUGUUUACGAUCGAAAAGGAAAUAACAAAACAAACCAAAAAAAAAAUUAAGAAAGAGGAAAAAGAAAAAAAGAAAAAAUAACAGUCCAUGCCUUUUGUCGUUCUUAUUUACUCGAAGAUUAAUUCCGUUCUGUGGUUACGCGGGCUAAAACGCGAACAAUAGCAUGCGGGGGAAAACGGACUAAAAAUAAUGUGUUCGUUAAUUAAUUUAAAAGAAAUAUCUUUUUUCUUAUUUUUUCUUAUUUUUUUCCUUUGUAAACUUUUUAUUAGAUCGGAAUUGAAAACUAUUUAAUAUAUUUUUUGAAUUAUUGAUUAUAAUAAUGUUUAUUUCUUUUGAACUAGAUAGAAACGAGCACGUUAUUAAGUCAUUUUUAACAUACCAAUAACGUAUGUUCGUCCUCUUCGAGUAAUCCGUACGACGAGGUAAAGAAAAAAAUAAAGAGAUAUUUUAUGAAAUUUCCGCGUUUCCGCACCGAGUUCGCGCGAGGUUUCAAAAUGCGUACGUAUCUACGUAUAUAUAUGUACGUCAUAUACGACGAUUUUUCAUAUCAAAUUCUUACAAGGAAAGUCUUAGAAGAUAAAAUAAAAACCUGUGUAAAAGAAUAUCGACGAUUGUAAAACUUGUUCUUAGUUUUUUUAACAUCUUUAUAUGAUAACAUCGAUGAAGUAAUACACAAUGACAUAGAAAAAUUUACCGUAUCGUAAUAUCGCAUCGUUGAACGAGGAAUACGAAUUAAAAUCAGAACGUGUAUAUAAAUAUUAAUGUAAUAUAUAUAUAUAUAUAUAUAUAUAUAUAUAUAUAUAUAUAUAUAUAUACGUUACAUAAUUUUAUUUUAUAGUUUAUGCAGAAAAGAAAAAAUCACAUAUGUGGUAAUCUUCGAAAACUCGCACGGGUACUGAUCUGUGAUUAUAAUUUUUUUAUUUUACAUUUUAUUACUUUUCUUUCUUAUUUUUUUUUUUUUUUCAUAUAAAAUAGAGAUAAAUGUUAGUAAAAAAAAAAAGAGAAAAACCUCGCGCGAUCACGAUACGCUUCCCUUUAACAUUACGAAAUAGAUUCGACUCGCUGUGUCGGUGCAACCGAUAUUAGAGAUUAUAAAUAAAGCCAAAAAAAAGAAAAAAGGAAAAAAAAGAAAGAUAAAAAAAAUGGAAAAAAAAUAAAAUUAAGUAAAUAGAUAACUAAUUAUAGAACAAUCGCUUUUGCACGGCAUAGGCGCGAGCGCGAGCGAUUUGAGUUCCCCAAUCGACCGAAGAGAAAGAUAUUAUAUAAAAUUAUAUAUAUAUAUAUAUAUAUAUAUAUAUAUAUAUAUAUAUAUAUAUAUAUAUAUAUGUAUAAUUUUAUAUGGGCUGAUACGACUCUUUUGUAGCAUAGGAAGAAUUUUCGCACACAUACAUAUGUAACGUACUAAAGACGAGCUCGAGAACGUAUCUCAUAUUAUUUAUUCUUCUGUCAAAACAACAAUGACAUUUAAUACUCGAUUAAACAAUUCUCGAGUAUCGAGAUUAGCUCGGUGCACCCUCGCAGCGAAAAAAAUAGCGAGCGACAACUAAUGAUAAUAAUAUUAAUUUGCGGCGACCAUAGGAUUAAUAUUAUUAUUGAUAGAGCAUAUUAUAAAUAUAUAUAUAUAUAUAUAUAUAUAUAUAUAUAUAUACAUACAUAUAUAUAUAUAUAUACAUAUACAUAAAUACCGCGCAAAUGGAGUCCUGGACGCCUCGGCUCUAUCCUUCGAGUUCCUUAUGACCAUAGAUAGCUGCAACUUGUAUAAUUUUGUCUACAAAAUACAAUACAAUAUAGUCAUUUAUCGUGUAUGGUGGACGGAAUUGUAAAGGAAAAAAAAAAGAGAAAAGAAAGAAAAAAAAAUGAAAGAAAAUUGAUGAGAAAUCAGGAGGGAACGGAGGGAGCCGAGGGGACUGUCUGAGAGACUCCUUCAAGGUCCCCCUUAAAAAUCCCUCCUUUAUUUUUGAUUUUCGAUGUCUCCGUGAGGGGGGGGCCAGCUGUGAUACUUUACCCAAUUCCACUUCCGCUCUGGUCGUGGUAUCGAAGAACUUUAUCUAGACAAAGAAAUCGCUCAUUGUGUUAGCGAACGAAAUGCAACGUAAAUUCCAUUCGUAUCGACGAUAAUGUAUGUCGUGACAUUUCUAUAUAUAUAUAUAUAUGGAGAAAAAAACUAAUGAAUUAAGCGACUAACACGGUGUCAAGAUUUUUUUCAUGGAAUUCGCGAGCACGUUCGAGAAAGGAGAAUUUGAUAAUUACGAGAGACUUUAAUUGUUGUCGCAUCGAAGAUCGUGUCAAUUACAAUCGAGAAAAAAAAUGCGAUUUAUUCAUCCUUCUUUUUGUUUUUAAUUCUCCUAUCUUCUUUUUCUUUUUUUUGUUCUUUUUUUUCUUCGCUCUUGCACACAAUUUCGUUUUCACUACGGAUUUACAUAUGUAUGUAUACUUUAUGCAGGUUCUAUUAAAUACUUUGGAAUAUGGUGAUAUAUAAAGUAAAAAAGAAGAAGAAAAAAGAAAAAAAAAGAAUUAAUAAUAAAGAAAAAAUGAGUUUCUCGUAAUUAUCAUGUAGUAUCUGUCUCGGUUCUAUCCACGGUUGGAUUCUACGAAUCUUUGUCUAAUCCGCUUAAGCUUUUAUCCGAGAUAUUUCCAAAGACACACUUAAUUGAUUAUAUUUACGCACAAAAUGCGUUUACAAUUUAACACGUUCCGCACAUUGGUUUUAUCUUGCGGAAACUUUCUAAUUUUCAAUUUUUCAAAUCUAUCUGCGGAAUCAUUUGAAAUAUCUGUAACAACAAUAACAACAGCAACAGCAAGAGCAACUACAACAGCAAACAACAACAAUAACAACAGCAACAAUAACAAUCUACGUGAUUAACUCGUUAUUAUCGCGAGAAAACGGAUAUUGUAUUCGUUCGAAAGCGUAUUUUGUGAAUUAUGCGAAUGCGACAACGAAUUAAUUAAUUACUACGAUUAACUUUCUCGUCUCAGCCUUCAAUUUAAAUCCGCUAGCCUUAGCCUAAUCGGUGUCUCUGGUAAAUCAGGCCUAUGAAGGUCGGAAAGCGGCAUCCAUGUAUAUUUUCUUCACACUUACCUGUUCUACACACACGCAGAGAGACAGCAGCAAACAAACGAAGAAACAUACAUACAAACAUACAUACAAAAUACAGACACUGUUCCACAUACACUACCACGCAACACGCAAACGCACACACACAUACAUAUGACAAACAUACACAUAUGCACACACUUGCACGCGAUUCCAUUCAAUGAGAAAGAAAACAAAAAAAAAAGAACAAAAAGAAAAAGAACAAAAAGAAAAAGAACAAAAAAAGAAAAAGAAACACGACAUUUACUCUAUCUCUAUCUUCUCCACUAUCUUCACAGAACAGCUCUACCCUUUAUCGCAAUAGAAUUCUUCUACCUGGAAUGAUACGAGGUAUCUUUUAGGUAACAUGAUUUCUACGCAUACAAUUAACCUAACCCACUGCGUCCGGAAAUAAUAAUAAUAAUAAUUAUUAUAAUAAUAAUAAUUAAUAAUUAUAAUAAUAAUAUUAAUGAUAAUUAAAGAGAAAAAAAAACCAAAAAAAAGAACAUAAGCUGAGACAUCGUGGAAAUUGAUACAGAAGUAGUGCUUUGAGUAAUAAAUAAUUAAAGAAAAUUAA